CACGAUCGAAAACCAAACCAUCAGUUUCACCGUUUGCGUCUGGCGCAAGUCGGAAGGAUGACAGCGCGCCGAGCAGUUCAGUUAUAUAGCAAGACACUCUCGGGCCUCUGCAGCACGCCUUCGACGCUCCUUAGGGCCCUCCUGCAGUACUCGCCGUCCAUCCUCAAGUUCUUCGUCGGCCUGCUAUUUCUCUUCAAUAUCCGGUCUUGGCCUCUAGUCUGGCACUACAACGUCCUUAUCCGUCCUGUGUACGAGCUCCGCUUCCGCUGGUGGGCAGUAUGGUGGCGAAACGUCUUCGCAUCGAAAAAGCGGAUGCUGCAGGUGAUGGACAAGUUCCUCAAGGACUUGUGUCCGGUUGGAGAGGACCCGCUCAGCUACACGGUGACCGUGAAGCAGUGGGCAGGUCCAGACGACUGUGACUUCAAUUGGCAUCUAUCAAACUCGUCGUAUCCCAAGCAACUCGACGCUGCGCGUUUUCGUGCUGCGUUGAAGAUAUGCCCCACGUUCUUCCGGGCGGGAGGAUGGAUGCCUUUAGGAGCGACCCACUUUAAGUUCAUCAGUGAAAUUCCUAUUCUGGCGCACUACGAGAUGCGCAUGAGCAUGGCAGCAUGGGACAAUAAAUGGUUGUACACCGUCAUCCGCUUUGUGACUACGAAAAAGUCCAAGUCGAAGAAGCCACAAGUGACUGCGAGCGCGGCGUCCCGGGAGAAGCCGAUUCCCUCCGGAGAUAGCGCACCUUUCCCGCAACUGCACACUCCGGCGACGCCCUCUGGUACAUCGACGCCCGCACUCACCGACGGCGCCGCGCCGUCGAACCCUGCCGAGCGCAUUGCGCAGCUGUUACCCGAAGAACCAGACGGCGCGACGCUGCACUGCAUCUCUGUGUGCGAGCUCUGCUUCAAGAUUGGGCGGAUCACGGUUCCGCCUGCUGUUGCCCUCGCACUUGAGGGCUUCAGCGCACCGCCGCCUCCAGAGUCCGGAAUAACAAAGUACAGCCAUGAACACCCACCGCCCAACUUCAUCAAGUCCCAGCAGCUGCAGGCACCCGAUGUGCCACACGGACAUCUAAGAGCGCUGCAAAAGUUCCUCAAAGGGGGCUGGCGUGAUGUUCCUGAAGGUGAGCGAUGGUGGGAGGACGCAUUGAGUGGUGAAAUUGAGACACGUCGUGCACGGAACCUUGAGGCUGUGAAGGGUGUGCGGCUCAGUAUGGAGGGCGCGAUGACAACGUAUGUGUGAAGUGGUGGCUACGGCUAAAGUGUUGCAAUAUGAAUAGCCUUAGACUACAUGUUGCGUUUAUAGCCAAGACCUGCUACAUUUAGUGAUAGAAUAUUAGACUCGUUUACC